GGUGCGGUGCAGCCGCGGAUGGAUGCUGCGGGAAGGGGCUGCCAUUUGCUGCCCCUGCCAGCGGCGCGCGGACCUGCCCGCGCUCCCGCCGCCUCCAGCGCCCUCAGCCCGCCCGGCCUCUGCAGCGGCACCGCCUCGGCUCACUCCGCGGCCGCCGGAGCGGUCGCCAUGAACCCCAGCUCCUCCGCGGGAGAGGAGAAAGGGGCGACGGGCGGUAGCAGCAGCAGCGGAAGCGGCGCCGGGAGCUGCUGCCUGGGCGCCGAGGGCGGCGCGGACCCGCGGGGCGCAGGGGCAGCGGCGGCUGCUGCCCUGGAGGAGCCCGCUGCCGCCGGACAGAAAGAGAAGGAAGAGGCGCUGGAGGAGAAGCUGAGGGACUUAACUUUCCGGAAGCAGGUCUCUUACAGGAAAGCCAUCUCCCGGACAGGCCUCCAGCAUCUGGCUCCUGCACAUCCUCUUGGCCUUCCUGUGGCAAAUGGUCCAGCGAAGGAGCCCAGAGCAACUCUGGACUGGAGCGAGAAUGCUGUGAAUGGGGAACACCUUUGGCUGGAGACCAACGUCUCAGGUGACCUCUGCUACCUGGGAGAGGAGAACUGCCAAGUCCGAUUUGCAAAAUCCGCUCUCAGGAGGAAGUGUGCGGUCUGCAAAAUCGUGGUGCACACAGCCUGCAUUGAGCAGCUCGAGAAGAUUAAUUUCAGAUGUAAACCAACAUUCCGGGAAGGAGGCUCCAGAUCACCAAGAGAAAACUUUGUGCGUCACCACUGGGUUCACAGGCGGCGGCAGGAGGGAAAAUGUAAGCAGUGUGGUAAGGGCUUCCAGCAAAAGUUCUCCUUCCACAGUAAAGAGAUUGUGGCCAUCAGCUGCUCUUGGUGCAAGCAGGCGUUUCACAAUAAGGUGACCUGCUUCAUGCUGCAUCAUAUUGAGGAACCCUGCUCCCUGGGGGCUCAUGCUGCUGUUAUUGUCCCACCUACCUGGAUCAUUAAGGUGAAGAAACCUCAGGUGAUCUCUAUACCAGGAGAUGAACUUGAACUUGGUUGGGCGGGAGACGGACCUGGUUGGGCGGGAGACUGGAGCCCCUCAGAGAAUUUGGGAUUCUUCCAUUUUUACUGGGAGGGUUGGCAGAACUCCCUGAAGGCUUCCAAUCGGAAGAAGAAAAGAACAAGUUUUAAAAGGAAAGCCAGUAAAAGAGGAACUGAGCAGGAAAACAAAGGGCGUCCUUUUGUGAUCAAGCCCAUCUCCUCUCCUCUCAUGAAGCCUUUGCUUGUCUUUGUGAACCCAAAGAGUGGGGGCAACCAGGGAACCAAAGUCCUCCAGAUGUUCAUGUGGUACCUGAAUCCACGGCAAGUCUUCGAUCUUUCUCAGGAAGGGCCAAAAGAUGCGCUGGAGUUGUACAGGAAGGUACCAAAUCUGCGCAUUCUGGCCUGUGGUGGGGAUGGAACGGUGGGCUGGAUCCUCUCCAUCCUGGACGAGCUGCAGCUGAGCCCACAGCCUCCUGUCGGGGUGCUUCCACUGGGGACUGGGAAUGACCUGGCCCGGACGCUCAACUGGGGAGGGGGCUACACUGAUGAGCCUGUUUCUAAGAUCCUGUGCCAGGUAGAAGAUGGGACCAUUGUACAGUUGGAUCGCUGGAACCUCCACGUGGAGAGAAACCCAGAUUUGCCACCCGAAGAGCUUGAAGAUGGCGUGUGUAAGCUUCCUCUGAAUGUCUUCAAUAAUUACUUCAGCCUUGGAUUUGAUGCUCACGUCACACUGGAGUUCCAUGAAUCCCGAGAAGCAAAUCCAGAGAAAUUUAAUAGUCGUUUUCGAAAUAAAAUGUUCUAUGCAGGGGCAGCCUUUUCUGAUUUCCUACAAAGAAGUUCUAGAGAUCUGUCCAAACACGUCAAAGUUGUUUGUGAUGGAACAGAUCUCACCCCAAAGAUUCAGGACCUGAAGUUCCAGUGUAUAGUAUUUUUAAAUAUUCCCAGAUAUUGUGCUGGCACAAUGCCUUGGGGAAACCCUGGAGAUCACCAUGACUUUGAACCCCAGCGUCAUGAUGAUGGCUACAUUGAAGUAAUUGGGUUCACCAUGGCCUCUUUGGCUGCUCUGCAAGUCGGGGGCCACGGAGAAAGGCUGCACCAGUGUCGGGAAGUGAUGCUUCUGACUUACAAGUCCAUCCCCAUGCAAGUGGAUGGGGAGCCGUGUAGGUUGGCACCCGCUAUGAUUCGGAUCUCCUUGAGGAAUCAGGCCAACAUGGUACAGAAGAGCAAGCGGAGAACCUCCAUGCCUUUGCUCAAUGACAUCCAUCAGGUGCAAGCUGCGGACCUGCGGCGAGUGUCUGCUCCCCCCGGCUCCUUCACCAUUCCCCAGUCUGUCCCUGAUCGCCUGAGGAUCCGCGUAAACAAAAUCAGUUUACAAGACUAUGAAGGACUCCACUAUGACAAAGAGAAACUCCGGGAAGCUUCCAUCCCACUGGGUAUUCUAGUUGUUCGUGGAGACUGUGAUUUGGAGACUUGCCGUAUGUACAUAGACCGCCUACAGGAGGACCUGCACUCAGUUUCUUCUGGGUCACAGAGAGUUCAUUACCAGGACCAAGAAACCUCCUUCCCCAGGGCGCUCUCAGCUCAGAGGCUGUCCCCUCGGUGGUGCUUCCUAGAUGCAACUUCUGCUGACCGCUUUUAUCGAAUAGACAGAUCUCAGGAACAUUUGCACUUUGUGAUGGAGAUUUCUCAUGAUGAGAUUUUUAUUCUGGACCCAGAUAUGGUGGUGUCACAGCAGACAGGGACACCUCCAGGAAUGCCUGACCUGGUGGUUGAACAGGCUUCGGGGCUGUCUGACUGGUGGAACCCUGCCCUGAGGAAACGUAUGCUGAGCGACAGUGGGCUGGGGAUGAUCACGCCCCACUACGAGGAUUCAGAUAUGAAAGAUUUCAGCCACUCCAGAGGGUUACAGUCACCAGUCUCUUCAGAAGAUCAUGCAAUUUUGCAGGCAGUAAUAACUGGUGACCUUAUGAAGCUCAUAGAAAGCUAUAAGAAUGGAGGCAGCUUGCUAAUUCAGGGGCCAGACCACUGUUCACUCCUUCACUAUGCAGCUAAAACUGGCAAUGGGGAGAUUGUGAAGUACAUCCUCGACCAUGGACCUGCAGAACUAUUGGAUAUGGCAGACAGUGAAACGGGAGAGACUGCACUGCACAAGGCCGCCUGCCAACGGAACCGGGCUGUGUGCCAGCUUCUGGUGGACGCAGGAGCAUCUCUGAGACAGACAGACUCCAAGGGAAAGACUCCUCAAGAACGAGCACAGCAAGCUGGGGACCCAGAUUUAGCUGCUUACCUAGAAAGCCGACAGAACUAUAAGGUCAUUGGCCAUGAGGACCUGGAAACUGCUGUUUGACCCUGGUAGAAAGGCAAAAAGAACUCAAGCAAGUUGUGCCCUCCCGGCCACCGGCAGCUCCCCUGGAAGAAGCUGAUGGAAUCCAUAGACGCCUCUCUCCUGCAAGGAUCUGACUGAGACCAUGCUCCCAGGUUUCAAGGGCUGCAGGGAUGUACAACAGGACAUGAUAGCCCAUGGAGAAGGAGGCAGGCUACCUGGAGAUUUGUGGAGUACACAUUCCACAAAAUUUGAUCCUUAUCGCUUCCAGCAAGUAGCAUGAACUUCUGUUUUCACCAGUCUAAUUUAUUUUAAAGAUUCUGAGGAUGUUCACACAAAUGGCACUGCUCCCUCCUCCCUCUCUAUGCAUUCAUCUUUCCCCUGCACCACAUAAUUCUACUGUAAUCACCCAUCGACUUAGAAAAUAUGCUAUCUCUUCUCUUUAUUUUCAGUCUUCCAACCACAAAAUUGUCUGAAGGUCUUUGAAACUCUCCUGGAUGUAUUACAGAAAUGUAUCUGUAAAACCACUUCCAUUUGCAGACUAAAUAUACCAUGGCUAGUUAGUGGCUUUGCAUGUCCCCUUCUGGUUUCAUGACACAGGAGCUGGGAAGUGCCACAGGGCUAAUGCCAACUUGUGUGCUCUGUCUCUGAGGUUAUGGGAGCUGUCUGUGCUUGAUGUACUUUGCAGAGGUUAUCUAAGGGUCAGACCAGGCAGCUGGGUUAUUGGUGAUAGGAGGACUGGUUCGGCUUGGGCCAUUUGUACAGCUCCGUACUGCCUGUGUGCAGCCAUUUUUGCCUUCUGCUGCAGUGGAGAUGAGCCAAGGAGUCAUAGCUAUUUUAUAGAGCCAUGUGAUUCUGAGUGCUGUUUCAGUGACAGGGUUAGACGUAUCUGGGGCAGUGGUGAUAGGAUAUGGAGCACUCAAAUGUUUAACCCUAAGCUUUGUAAAGUGAUAAUAGAAAGCAGUCUAAUUGACUUGAAAAAAAGAGCAAAAAAUCAAAGUAGCAAUGUAUGUUACAAUAAUAUGCUUCAAUAGUAAAAUAGCCUUUGGCAUUUUGGGCUGAGACUAAUAACUACAGGCUCAUGGAUUCAGUGGUGAAAGGGGGUUUAUGUGUAUUUUUCUAAGAGUUCAGUUUUCAUGAUGUCAAAGAAGGCUUGGCACAAGGACAAAGCCUCAUUUCACCAGUUCCAUGGUCAGACUCUCAGGAUGCCUGGCACUUCUUGGUCUGUGCUUCACCUAUGACUUUUCAGUUCUGAGAUCAUGUCUGAUCACCCAUUUUCCAUGUACUGGGGGAGUCAAUUUUGUUCCUCUCCUUACUUUAUUUUCCCCUGUCACAAACUUCUUAAUAUAAACCACUGUGGCAAAAAUGUUUUAUGAAAUUGUCAUUUCUGUUCAUGCCAUGGAUCAGGUGGGAUCUGGUAAUAGAAGAAGGAAACUUCUGACUUUCUUUUCAAAAUCUCCUUGACUUAGGUGUAGAUCACAAAUAUCAAAGGGGUAUCUGAGAUCUUUUCUUUCUGCUUCCUUCCAUUUUUUUCCCUUGAACACAGCAAAAUGCUCUCUCUGUGUUUCUGCAUGUGACCUUUAACCUCAAAGUCCAAUGAGAACAAUGUAUUUAUCAGAAUCACAUGUUAUCAUUUUGAAAGGCCGGAUAUGAUAUUAAGUGCAAGCAGACUUUGAGCGUGUGGGGAUUUCAUUACCAGAAACUCCCGAUAGUCAUUUCAAGAUUAAACUUGGCAUCAUCUGUAUCAGUGGGAAAAUGAGUUGGCUAAGAGUAAUGUGUUUCUAGGCAUCUAUCUCAGAACUGGAGCUCUUUCUUGGAUUUUACAGGGAGGGAGAACAGAGGGUCUGGACUAGAUCAUUUCCAGGAGCUGAAGUCACUGGGUUUCUGUUAGGAGGUUUUCAGUUGUUGGGGCUGUCAAAGAAAUAUUGUGAUGACAAAUAUAAUCCUUAGAAUGGACUGGAACCUGGCUUUGAACAGAGCCUUCCAUACCCUAGAUUGAGCCAAACAUUUGGCCAAGCAGUUGGUUAUCCAGCUGGCCACUUCUGAGAUGCAGGACAUAUUUUCAUCAACCACCAUGUCAUAUUUCUCUAGGCUUCAAAACAGCCCAGAGAAAAUUUAAGAUGGAGGUGGCUAUGGGCCAGCUCCAAUAACUCCAACUAAGACAUAAAUUAAUCCCUGGCAUGAAAGUAGAUACUGUACUAACUACUUAAAGGGUCCAGUGCCUGUAAAAUUUUCCCCUUCCCCACAAAAAAAAUUAGAUUCUACAUUAUUGUUGAGGAACAAUAUACAUAAUCAAUCUGUAGAAAAAUAGCACCUCUAAGACAUGGGGGAU